UCAGCGUUGACAAUUGUCUCGAAAGUACAAUUCAACUUGGAUUUCUCUACAAGUCAUUUAAAACUUGGAUUUCGCUCCCAUUCGAAAGCACUCAAUUCCUGAAGUUGCAUUCGGAAAGAAAGAAUUAUGGGUUUUGAUCAGCACUAUCUAGACCUCACAUUGGUCCCUUCAGGCUUGCUUAUAUUGAGUGCCUACCACGCAUGGCUUCUUUACAGAAUCAUCAAACAUCCCACCACUACUGUCAUUGGCCUCAAUGCAUUAAACAGGGAAAUUUGGGUCGAUACCAUGAUGGCUGAUGGAAUUAAGAAUGGAGUGCUCGCAGUUCAGACACUGCGGAACAACAUAAUGGCCUCCACUCUGCUUGGAUCAACAGCCAUCACACUGAGCUCAUUGAUUGGCGUGCUGGUGAGCAGCACAAAUGGAUCUGGUGCAGUGAGUGCCCUUAUAUAUGGUGAUCAUAGCAGGAUUGGCUCUUUUAUAAAGUACUUCACCAUUCUCAUAUGUUUCCUGAUAGCAUUUGUGUGCAAUCUUCAGUCAAUACGUUACUACAGCCAUGUGAGUUUUCUGAUAAAUGUGCCCAAGGAUAAGUAUUUGCCCGCACACUCAUCGAUUUAUUUUGUGAGCAAAGCAUUGAACAGAGGAAGCUACUUCUGGUCUUUGGGACUCAAGGCAUUUUACUUCUCUUUCCCUCUCUUUUUGUGGUUAUUUGGCCCCCUUCCAAUGUUUGUUUCCUGUUGUUCAAUGGUGGGUGUUCUUUAUUUCUUGGAUACUGCAACCCCUUUCACCCAAACACUUCCUCUGAAUGGCAGAGCAAAUGUUGAUGUAGAACAAUGUUCUUCUCCAGCGCCUCCUUCCCCUCCCCUGCAAAUAAAAUGUAAUCAUCUAAAUUAAUAUUAAUUCUUUAUUCAUCUGUAGCUUAGAAUGUGUUUAAUUUGGUAAAAUGA